ACAAUCGUCUUAAGUCUCUAACAGGACCGGUUUUGACGGCAACCGGUUUGGACAGGCUGUAUACUUCUCGAAGAGCCAAAUCUUAUGUCGCUGUUGUCAAAAACCUAGAAACUGUAAACAAAGAGCAGCCGAGGUCGACGUUAGGAUUCCGCCGCGAUGAUGUGCACUCGCCUGGGCUCCUCACGCCUCCGCCUGCUCUCGGCGAGGCUCACGUCGACGGCCUCGUCCGGGGUCCUGCGGGUUUCGGACAAGCCUCCUGACCUCCUGGCCGCCUCUUUGGCCUUCGAGGAUCCCAGCGCAUUCCGCGUGAAGAGCCUGAAGGAGCUCUGUCGUGCGUUGGCCGUAUUCCGCUUCUGCUCCUUCCCCGUGCUCGUCAACAACUGCCACAAGCUGAUGUCGGCGACCCGCGGCGUAUUGGGCAGGCGCGCGUUCUCCUCGCUGAUGAGGUGCACGGUGUACGCUCAGUUUGUGGCGGGCGAGAACGAGGAGGAGAUCGCCCGGUCCAUGGAGAAGAUGAGCACUGUGGGGCUGAGGCCCAUGCUGGCGGUCCCCAUCGAGGAGGACCUGGGAGAGAGCACAGGAGAGGAGCGAUAUAACGAGAACAUGGAGGCCAUGAUGGAAUGCGUGCAGAUGUCGCACAGCAACGCUUGGAGCAAAGAUCCCAUGAUGCAACUGAAGGUCACGGCUCUGCUCAGUCCCGAACUCUGCGUCAAACUCACCAAGGUCAUUUCCAAACGAGCGUACGACUUGGAUCUCCUAGUCCGAGCCAUGGACGGCGAGGAUGUGAAGUUUCCCGGUCUGGAGGAGAGCGACGCCGCCCACUUCCGCUGCAGCCUGCGCAGACUUAACAGAAUAGCCGAGGCCAGCGUGAAAAAAGUGCGGGUGCUGGUCGAUGCGGAGUACACCUACAUCAACCCCGCCCUGUCCAUCGUCACCAUGGCAAUGAUGAAGAAGUUUAACAAAGACGGCGCCUGGAUCUGGAACACGUACCAGUGUUACCUGAAGGAGACAAGGACGCUACUGCAGGAGGCGAUCAGCCAGUCCCAAGAAGGAGGCUUCUGUCUGGGUGUGAAGCUGGUGCGAGGGGCCUACAUGGACAAAGAGAGGAAGCUGGCGGUGAAGGAAGGUCGCCCGGACCCAGUCCAGGACUCCUGGGAGGACACAAACGAAAAUUAUAACAGCCUGCUGGCGGUGAUGCUGAAGCUCAUCGCCCAGGACCCGGAGCGCUACAGGAUCAUUGUCGCCACGCACAACGAAGAGUCUGUGAGGCAGGCCGCCAAAUGGGUUGAAGAGCUGGGUUUGGACAAAGCAAGAGGCUCCGUGUCUUUUGGUCAGCUUCUAGGAAUGUGUGACCACGUCUCCCUCACCCUGGCCAAGGAAGGUUACGCCGUGUACAAGUCGGUCCCGUACGGCUCCGUGGACGACACCCUGCCCUACCUGGUGCGCAGGGCCCAGGAGAACCAAACCGUGCUGAUGGGCAUCCGCAAGGAGAGAGACCUGCUGAGGCAGGAGCUCCGCAGGAGACUCAGCUUGAGAAGACGCCGAGAGGAGCAUUCGGGACUUUCCUAAAAAGUCUCCUCACUGUGCGACAACUUGGCCUUGGAUUUGUCUGCCAUCUUAACGCCAACAACUACGACGAUAGUUAAUAAGUUUAUUAUAGGCAACGGAUGCAUUGGAGCAAAACAUGUAGCUCAGAUUUUUUUCCGGUUUGUUGGACAAAUGUUGCAAUUCAUGGUGAUAGUUGGAAAAUGAUGGACCUGUUUUUAUUUUGUAUGUGCACUUUAACUUUGCUGCAUUCCCUUUUUUUUGCCAA